ACAAAUUAAAGUGUCCUUUCUUCCUCCUCUUCAAAGUGGGCACCGGGCGGAAGGCGGCGGGUCCCAUUGAGUUCCACUUUUUCUAACAAACCCGGAACCCAUAUAUAUAAUCCAAAGGGGUGGCUACUGCAACGGCUACCAUUUUUUCUCUGCUUCGUAAACCAACAGUGCUCCAUGGCCUCGGUGGAGUUGGAAGGGGCUUCUUCCGUUGCUGUACAGCAAGCGGAGGUAGAUGGAGGAGGAGGAGGAGGAGAAGGAGGAGGAGGGUUGAAGGGCAACAGGAAGAAGACGAAGAAGGCGCCCUGGAAGCUUGGAUUUGCGUGUCUGAGAACGGAGUAUGAUAGGGAGGGGAAUUUCGACAUGGAGGUCGUUGAUCGUGCUGGAGAGCGUCGCACUCCCACUCACCUUGUUGUAAUGGUUAACGGUCUUAUUGGCAGUGCUCAAAAUUGGAGAUAUGCUGCAAAACAGUUUUUGAAAAAGUAUCCUGAAGAUGUGAUUGCUCACUCAAGAUGGAGGGUGAGGUUGUGGGUUCAAGUCCCACCAGGCAGUGAAUGUAAUCCUUCAAAGUUGACAUUUGAUGGUGUUGAUGUAAUGGGAGAGAGAUUAGCUGAAGAGGUUAUAUCAGUUAUAAAACGUCACCCUGGAGUUCAGAAGAUUUCAUUUAUAGGUCAUUCUUUGGGUGGCCUGGUUGCAAGGUAUGCUAUUGCUAACCUUUAUGAACGAGAUAUCACAAGGGAUUUUUCACAGGGAAAUGGAGAGUGUAGGAGUAAUGGAUCUGGAGAUCCAUGUGUGGAAGAGAAAUUCAAAGGAAAAAUUGCCGGAUUGGAGCCAAUGAAUUUUAUCACCUUUGCAACCCCACACCUCGGUUCAAGAGGGCAUAAACAGGUCCCCGUGUUUUGUGGCUUUUACACUCUGGAAAAAGUAGCAUCCCGCACGUCUUGGUUUCUUGGUAGAACUGGAAAACAUCUAUUUUUAACUGACAAUGAUAAUGGGAAACCUCCCCUUCUUCUUCAGAUGGCUAAUGAUUGUGAAGAUCUUAAAUUUAUGUCUGCUUUGCAGUCCUUCAAGCAUCGUGUCGCCUAUGCAAAUGUGCAAUUUGACCAACUUGUGGGGUGGAGUACUUCAUCUCUACGGCGUCGAGAUGAGCUCCCAAAGCGUCGAGAUCUUUCUAGAAAUGAGAAAUUCCCGCACAUUGUAAAUGUGAAGACAGCAGAAACUUCCAGUACUCAACAGGAAGUUACCUUGGAGGCGAAAGCCAAUGGACACAAGAAUAUCGACUUAGAAGAGGAAAUGAUAAGAGGUUUAACAAAAGUGAGUUGGGGACGGGUUGAUGUUAGCUUCAGUGGAAGUAAACAAAGAUAUUUUGCGCACAGUACCAUUCAGGUGAAAAACUACUGUAUCAAUUCUGAGGGGGCUGACGUGGUCCAACACAUGAUUGACAAUUUUCUCUUAUAAUGGUGUCCCAUCUGGUGGAAGGGGGAAAAGGAUAUAGACAUGCCAGAUGAGCUGGGUAUGGCUUGGAAGUUCAAAAUCCCCAAGGGUUGGACAGUCCAAGGCAGGAAAUUUUUGGUAUAAUGCUUUGUAUGUAUAACAUAUCUGUAAGAGAGACAUGAGGAAUUCUGUUGUAUAAAUAUGUGUUUCUGGUACAGUAGUUUGCUGCUGUCUUAGUAGAUUGCCGUCGCAUAAAGGUCUGGCAUGUAUAACUAGGAACGGAAAUGAUUUUUCACAGUCAAAAGUGUACAACUUUUACACAAUCAAGACACAUUGGUGGGAUCUA